AUGCAGAAUCAACAAAGAAAACUUGAUGAUGAAUCAUUACAUAUUAUUAAAGAGUUACAACAAAUACCAGAGAGUAAAAAAAAUUUUUUAACAGAAAUAUAUUUUGAUGUAGCAAUAACAUUUGGUAAAAGAACAGAAUAUCGUAUGUUAUAUUUUAAUUUUAAAACAAGAAAAAUAUUUUUCUUAAGACAUGCAAAAGUUCGUGAAGAAAUUUUAUUUUCAUCAUUAUCACAAGUUGGACUUGAUGAUAAAAUUAAAAUUAUUUGGAAUGACCUUUUUGGUAAUGCUACAACUCAUUACAUUAUAACACAGUCUUAUAGUGAUACUGUACAAAUAUUUUAUUUAUUAAGAACUUUAUCUUUUCAUCCUCUUUCUAGAUUUUUUGAAGAAGAUUUUAAACAUGAUAUCGUUAAAAAAAAAUAUUCUGUUAAAUGUAAAAAAAGAGGUCAAACUGCUUGGGCUCAUAGACAAAUGAUUAUUUAUAAUGGAGAGUUUAUUUUAUUCGGUGAUAAUCCUCAUGUCCCUUUAACUAUCUGUCCUUUAUCUUCUAAAGUUUCUUUUAAUAUUCAUGCUAAUUAUAUUCUUGAAAUUAAUACUGCAAUUAGAAAAAUUAUUCUUUCUUUCUCAAAUGAUCAAGAAUUAAAUAUGACCUAUAACACUUUAAUGACUUGUGAACAAUUCAUUCGCCCUCCUGUAAUUAUUAAAGUUCGUACAUUCACUUCAAAUAAAUUAGCAUAUUUAAUUAAUAGUUGUAGAGAUAUAUGUAUUAAAAAUAUGUUAUAUCCUGAUGAAUGUGUAGAACAUUUUGCAAUUUUAUGUGAAAUAUUACGGGCUGUCACAAAAAAACGAUCUGUAACACAAGGAAAUAAAAAAGAAAUUAUGAUAGAAGAAGAUGAAUAUUUGAAGAAACCACAAACCGGUAAAAAAAUAAUAUACCCAGAAGAUGAAUUAAAACAAUACUGUUUGACUGAUGAUCCUAAAAAGUAUUAUAAAAAUUUUAUUUCAGUAGGUAAAGGUGGAUUUGGAGAUGUUUAUAAAGUUCAAAGAAUGGAUGAACAAGGGUAUGUUGCACUAAAAGUAUUAAAACAUUCUGUAGAAGAACGAUCAGAAAAAAUGGGAGUUGAAGUUGCUCGUAUGAAAUUGUGGAAUCACCCAAACUUAAUCAAAAUGAUUGGGUGUUGGUUAUUUGGUAAUCAAGUAUUUAUUUCUAUGGAAUAUUGUUCAUUAGGGACGUUAAAAACAAUAAUAAAAAGUCAGCCAAUGCCAUUACAAGAUAUAGCUUAUGUUAUUCAAUGUUCGUUAAAGGGGUUAGAAUAUAUUCACAAACAAGGAUUUAUUCACAGAGACAUUAAAACUACUAACAUCAUGUUAGAUGGGAAUUAUGAUGUCAAGAUUAUUGAUUUUGGAUUAGUUGUACGUAUUAAUUCUAACCCAUCAAAUAGGGCUGGUUCAAAAUCGUAUAUGGCUCCAGAAGUUAUUAAACAAAUUCCAUAUAAUGAGAAAGUCGAUGUUUGGAGUAUUGGAUGUGUUGCUCAGGAGUUAUUUGAAACACAACCCCCAUAUAAAGAACAUGGAGUAAUUAAAGGGAUGUUUAAAACAGCAGUGUAUGGAGCAGAGGGUUUAAGAGAUAUUACUAAAGUACCAGUUGAUUUUGCAGACUUUAUUAAUAAAUGUUUUAUUUUUGAAAGUAAAGAUCGAGCCUCUUGCACAGAAUUAUUAACGGUUUGUUGUUUAAUUUUAAUUUCCUUAUAG